AUGGCCCAGCAACAGAACGACAAUGUGAUGCGAAGGAAGUUGGUUAUCAUCGGAGACGGUGCCUGCGGGAAGACCAGUCUGCUCAGUGUCUUCACCCUGGGUUACUUUCCAACUGUCCCCACGGUAUUUGAGAACUAUGUGACGGAUUGCCGAGUGGAUGGCCGUUCGGUCCAAUUGGCUCUAUGGGAUACUGCCGGUCAGGAAGAUUACGAGCGACUCCGCCCACUAGCCUAUUCCAAGGCGCAUGUGAUCCUGAUUGGAUUCUCCGUGGACACGCCCGAUUCGCUUGAGAACGUCAAACAUAAGUGGAUUGAAGAAGCCAACGAACGAUGUCCGGGUGUCCCGAUUAUCCUCGUCGGCCUGAAAAAAGAUCUGCGGGAAGAUCCUCUGGCGGUCGAGGAGAUGAGAAAGAAGUCAUUGAAGUUCGUGACGUCGAAAGAAGGCAGCGACAUCUCCACGCAGAUCGGAGCCCGCAAGUAUCUAGAAUGCUCGUCGUUAACCGGCGAGGGCGUCGACGAUGUGUUCGAGGCGGCGACGCGUGCGGCGCUCCUGACGUUCGAUAAGCGCAAGAGCUCGUGCUGCAUUGUGCUAUGA